CAUCGCGCUGCCUGUCAGUUUCCCUCCCCCACGAUUCAUCGCAAUGAUGAGCGCUCCUGACCACUACGAGCAUCCUCGCGAACUCUCGAGUGCUCUUCUCCUCUCUCUCCCCACCUUUGUAGCGCCCCCAAAUGCCUUUCGUCGCUACGCCGAUCAGCUACAAGUGGAACUUCUCGACAGAGUCAGGCUCCUGGACAGCAUCAAGGUGGCAGUGCCAAGUGCAUGCGAUAGAACGAAUUCACUUGAUCGGCAACCCAUGAAAAUGUCUCCUGAUUUGUCGAUUGUCGUGCAGGUUGCGGACUUGGAGCGUGGUCACUUUCACGUGACUCUGGCCGACACACAGGGGCCGCUGACUCUGGCCAUCACCACCGACACGCACACACUCUUGACUCUCUCGCUCUGGGCGGGCGGCACUACUCUUCUGGGCCUCUCGUCGCCAUUUGGGGCGGCCGGUGCUGCAAUGGGUCAUUCGAGGCCGUUUCGCUUCAAGUUGGCAGAUCAUGUGAAGGAUGGAUGGCUGUGCGUGCGGGAAGGGCAGCACGACGUUGCAGUCACGGACGAAUCACUCAAGGCAGACGCAAGUGGUGAGUGAGUGAGUGGGAGACAUUCGGCCACGCAGCCUGUUCAUUCACUGGUGUCUCUUGUUAGCAGCAGCAGCCCCUGGCGGCGACAACGAUGGCUUUCGCAUUCACAUGCUAAUGGCGGUGUUGCCGUCUUCGAAGGUAUGUCUCUUUGUGUGGCUAUCCAUUGACCAAGGUAUAUGUGCGCUUGUGGAUACAGCUGUCAAAGCACAGGAUGAGAUAUUGCAUCGAGGAGUUCAAGAACAUAUCCAUUCAGGUGCGGCACACAUGCAUAUGUACGUACGAUCUGAUGCGUGAUAUCGACUUUUGUCUGUCCGAUUGGUAUUCAGGCGCGUACCAGUGACCUAAUCAAGGGUCUCACCCAGGUGAGACACUCAUAUCUGUUCACUCAAUAGGCAGACAUGUCUGUGUUCUGUCUCCUUGAAUCAUUCAGCCCAUCUUUGACUCCCUCUCCCCUGUCCGCACCGGUGCCACCGGGCGCACAUACAGCUCCCUCAGCAUCAACAGCUUUCUGCCGCCGUCCUUUCCGCCUUCUCGAGAAGCAUCACCCACAUCUCGAAGUGAAACUAUUUCCAUGCUGUCAGUACCAUCUGUGCCCGAGGCGCCUGCCGCUGAGGAGGAGGAGGAGGAGGAGGAGGAGGAGGAGAAGGAGGAGACGGCCGUAGACGCAUCGCCUUACAGCCAUGUGGUCGCUGUUGGUGGGCCGCGGACGGAGGCCAGCCCCAGGACAACACACACGAAGCCUUCGGUCGAUAUCGAUGUUGCUAGAGGGAUGGCUGAAAUGCCCUCGCCGACAACGAAGGGUUUCAUCCAGCGAGGCAAGAUUGAGACACCCAUCGAGCUGCCAUCCUACGGCAAACAAUACAGCAGAAAAGUCGAUCAUCCGAAGACGGAUACGCGCUUGGCCGAGCUGUAUACGCCACCAAGGCCUGCGGCUGAGAUACCGACAGCUGGCAUCUCGCCGCCACCGUCACCUCCCCCGAAGAAAGGGAUCGGUCUGUCCUAUGCCAAAACGAGCAAGCCAAAGGGACCAAGCUUAGCGGCCGCCAAGACAGCAGAGAUCAGCACUACUCGAACUUCUCGACACAAGCAGCCUAUCGACGAGAGAAGAUCGACCCUCCCGAAGAUGAGUAAAAGCAACCGCAUGUCCGGGUCUUCGACAAGACACGGUUCCUCUUCGCGGCCACCCUCCCCUGAGGCCCCUCCAGCUAGAGGAGGUGAGGCUAUCUCGACAGCCCCAGGCAGCCAGACGAGACGAUCAGGUGAACGCCUGCACGAGACAGCAGCACCAAUUGCUGAGGUCGAGAACCCCCUUGUCGCGUACUGCAUUAGCCGGACAUCUCGCGGCAGGUCCAGCUCGGCUCUCUUGUCUACCGAUAAUAAGCGAAUGGCGGCGAGAACCGCCGACCUCCCACAAUCGCCCUCGCCUCUGUCGUCGACUGAUGGGAAGCAAAUGGCCACGACAAGUCAGCAGCUCUAUGAUGGCAGCCAUGGCAGUGGGAAUGUGUCCCUCCCUAAGCGGCAGCGUGACGCAUACGACGAGCAAAAGGACGGCAGCUGUAGCAUGGCAGAUCGACUGGAAGAGGCGGCCUUUGAUGAACAGGAGCAGCUGAGAAGGCAGCUGGCACAGCUUCAACAGCAGCUGACCUCAGUCGAACACCGUGCACAGAAGACGGAAAACCAAUGUGAAGCCCUCCGCUACGGCCUUGUCCGCCAGGCAAAGCACUCAGCCCUCCAACACGACAACGAUCGCACACAACUGACGUUGUUGGAGAGCCAGGCGGGCGAAGUGCGGUUGAAUGCCGCCAUGUGGCAGAGAGAGGCCGAGAGGCUGCGGGGGGUAGAGAGAAGGCAAGAGACACUCGAGCAGGAGCUCAGCGGACUGAAAAGAGAGUAUGUCGAUGUGCAGAAACGGCUGGAAGAGGUGAGACAUCCACCCAUUACUUGCAUGAUUGAUUGGCACUGUGUCUCUUUCUGUAUGUGGCAGAGCUUUGAGGAGAAUGCUCGCCUGAGGGAGGCCAACAGCCGCCUGUAUGAGAUCAACGACGAGCUCUGUCUUAUGAUGCAAGAGAUGCCGAGAGACAGACCGCAAUCGCGGCCACCAGAGCGUACGCAUCAUCCAAAAAGGGCGAGAAGCCGGUCCCCGGCGGCAAGCGAUGGGAGCCCUCGUGCACGAUCCGUCGGCCCGCUCCCUUCACACUCAUCUUUCAUUCCCGUAAGCUCGUCUACUCGUGGAGUGACGGAUCGCAUCGACUGGCUGCUGCACCAGCACCUGAACGACCACCCGCACCUCAUGGUGAGAUCAGAGAAAAAUACCAUCCUCCAUCAUUGCCUCAUGGAUGCUGUUGAUGUCUCGCAGAAUUGCUUCCGUCGACUGGAUGAGGGAGUCUACUCGUACGCGAACCUUAUCACAUGAGUGGCUCACGUCUCUAUCCGUGUGUGUCUCCUUUUCCUUGUUUGCAGUUAUUGUGGUAAGGCGGUCACAGCGCGCAUCGCCAACGGACAGCUCGUCUUCCGUGUCGGCGGAGGGUACCUCUCGUUCGACAGCUAUAUCACAGCACACACCCCUCACCCCGCAUACCUAUGCCCCUUCCUCCGACUUCACCCACAGCCCCGCGUAACGCCCCGUCUCAAACGGAUCGACCAUCCUGUGACCCCGACCUGUGACCCACUUGAUCUGGAUUGGGUGCAUGAGCGGCCUCCGGAUCAGAUAUGCAUGGGUACCAGGUGGACGGAGAGCUUGCGAUCGCGAGUGGUUGGCGUGGAUGAGUCGCGGCAGCAUCUCAGAGUGCUGAGAACGCACCAUCAGUCAGUGGGUAACCUACGUUUUGGGCCACCCCCACUGAGGGAGACGGAGAAGUCUGAUCAACACGAGGAAGAGACGUAGAAGAGGUGGAAAGCGAGGCGCUGUAUAUAUGUUUUGGUUACUAGAAUAUGAGAGAGUAAGUAAGGCAAUGCAUCUUUUCUAGGACGGUAG